GCGGUUUAAUGCUCCAAUGUGUGAUGAGGUAGCUGUGCUUAUGGUCACAGAAGAACAUGGAAAGAGAGACAUUGUCCUUCGUAAGUCUGAUGGCAGCCUUACAAGAAUAGCUGAAACUCAUCGCAGCUAUGAUGCUUUGCAGUAUCCUCUCAUACUUCCACAUGGAGAUGAUGGAUACUAUUUUCCUGACCAACCAGUCCCAAACCAGUACAAAGUAUCUGCGAUGAAACAUUAUGCGUAUCGACUGAUGAUGCGAGGUGGUGCAGACUUUAACAUCUUGCUACGGUGUCAGAGACUGAUGCAACAAUAUGUUGUUGACAUGUACGCCAAAAUAGAGACCGAACGGCUGUGCUUCCUUCGGCGAGAGCAAACAAAACUUCGAGCUGAACAAUAUGGUGAGUUGAGAGAUGCACUUCUGGCAAGUGAUGGAGAUCCAACAAACAUCGGUAAGACGGUGAUCUUACCUAGCUCCUAUACUGGAGGACCACGGUACAUGCAUGAACGUACACAGGAUGCCAUGUGCUAUGUUAGAAAGUUUGGUAGGCCUUCUCUUUUUAUCACAAUGACGUGCAAUCCCGGCUGGAAAGAAAUCACUGAUGAACUGCUGCCCAUGCAGACAGCACAACAUCGUCCAGACCUAAUUGCACGUGUCUUUAACCUAAAAAGAAAGGAACUCAUCAAACAGUUGACCAAGCACUGCAUCUUCGGCAAGACUAUUGCAUACCUGUGUUCCAUUGAAUGGCAGAAACGUGGUCUGCCACAUGCUCAUAUUUUAGUUUGGUUAACUGCAGAGCACAGCAUUCAUGCUGAUGACAUCGAUGCCGCUAUUUCCGCUGAGUUGCCUGACCCUAACUCUGACAAGGUGCUGUUUGAUAUAGUCAUGACAAACAUGAUUCAUGGUCCUUGCGGUCGCAUGGACAAGCACUCACCCUGCAUGCGAGAUGGAGCAUGCACGAAACGUUACCCGAAAGAGUUUAAAAGUGAUACUCAGAGCGGCCAUGAUGGUUAUCCAUUAUAUCGACGACGUAAACCCGAUGAUUGUGGCAAUCAAGGAAUAAAGAAGAUCAAAGGUAACGAUGUCUGUAUAGACAAUCGAUGGGUAGUACCUUACUCUCCCUACCUCUGCCGAAUGUUUGCCUGUCAUAUCAACGUAGAGCUUUGUACAAGUGUCAAGUCUAUCAAGUAUGUCCUAAAGUAUGUCAACAAGGGCAGGGACAUGGCAGUUUUUUCGCUAGAAAAAAACCAACCUAUCGAUGAAAUAGAUCUGUACCAGACAGCAAGAUACGUCAGUUGCAGUGAAGCUUGCUGGAGAAUACUGAACUUUACCAUUCACGAUCGUCAUCCAGCAGUGACAAACCUUCAUGUCCACCUACUAAAUGGGCAGAGGGUUGUUUACAAUGAUCAAAAUGCUGUUGCUCUUGCUCAACGUCCACCUAAAACCACGUUGACAGCUUUUUUUGAUCUCUGCGCUCGGUAUCGUCCAGAUCUUGACCAGCUUGCUACGCCCGACCAGAGGUUUGUUCAAAAUUUGCUUUAUGUAAAUGUGCCCGAGUACUUUACAUUUCAUUCAGGCACCAAAACCUGGAACCCUCGAAGGCUUGGCACAGCUGUUUACAGUGAUGGUCAAAUAACUUCAUUUAAAAAAAGUGAGGUCAUUGGUCGAGUGUACGCCGUGCAUCCUAAGCAACAGGAAUGCUUCUUUUUACGCCUUCUGCUUCACCAUAAGCGGGGACCUUGCUCUUUUGAUGACUUGCUUACGAUUGAUGCACGAAAGUGCCAGACUUUUCGCGAAGCAUGUAACUGCAUGGGUUUGUUGGAAGAAGACUUGCAUUGGGCCAUGGCCAUGCAAGAGGCAGCCAUGCGAGCCGGAGCAUCUACACUACGUGCUCUGUUUGCUGUUAUAUUGACCACGUGUGAUGUUGCUGACCCUCUUGCCAUAUGGUCUGCAUAUCGAAAUGAUAUGACUGAUGACAUACUGCAUCAGUGUAGGAGGGAAGCUGGACAGCCUGACAUGGACUAUAGUGAUGAUAUGUACAACGAGUGUCUCUUUCGACUACAGGAAUUAGUACAGCAGAUGAGUGGACAGAAACUUGAAGAGUACGGACUGCCGCCUGUAAACAGGGGACAUGAAGACAGACUGACAGUUGACCUACUUAGAGAAAAAUCUUAUGACAGAGAAGCACUGCAACAAUUUGUAGACGAAAAUGAAACGAAUUUGACGAUUGACCAACGCAACAUUGACCUUCGCAUUACAGAUAUGGUGGACCAUGGGCAAGGAGGGAUUAUUUUUAUUGAUGCCCCAGGUGGCACAGGUAAAACCUACCUGAUUAACCUUUUCCUGUGGCAUUGCGGCACAGCUACUAUCAAAUGGGAAGACAGCACAUUCGACAUUCAAGAUACCGCUUAA